AUGAAGCAAUGGAAAUGCCAAAAUAGAAUCACACGAAAAGUAAAGCUAAAAGAUUUUUCUGCUGAAUUUCGUUCAUUUUCUGAACAGUCUUCUAUAAGAAGCCCUGUGAAUUUGAACACUUUUAAAAUUGAAUCACAUUUAUCACCAAGAAAAGGAUUUAACUUAAAUCCAGUUUUAAUGCUAGAUAUACCUAAGAAAAAUAUUCCAGCUGCAUCUGAAGAUCUUGCUUUAUUUUCAUGAGGAAGUGGUAAAGAAGGAGCUUUAGGCAUAGGAAAGCUAUUGGAUUCAACUGAUCCUGCACCUAUUGAAUUACUAAAAAACCGAUCAAUAAAACAAAUUGCCUGUGGCGCAGGGAACACUCUUGCUUUAACAGAAGACAAUUGCAUUUAUUCUUGAGGCUAUAAUGUUGCUGGACAAUUAGGACUAGGGGAUUUCAAAGACAGACUUGUCCCUAAUCUUAUAAAAUUUGAUUUUGGGAUAAUUAGCAAAAUCUCUACAGGUGCAGGGCAUUGUAUUGCCUUAAAUGUAAAUGGAGAAGUUUUCUCUUGGGGAUGAGCAGGGAGCUAUCAGACAGGUCAUGGAUCUCAAACCCAAACCUCAAAUCCAAAAAAAAUAGAAUGGUUUAAUAGCAAAAUCGUUACAGAUAUUUCUUGUGGAAUAGGACAUUCGCUGGUUUUAGCUGAUGAUAAAGUUUAUUCUUUUGGAGAUAAUGAGCAUGGACAAUGUGGAGGCGAAGAUCCAUAUUAUAUUUACCCAACUCUUAUCCCUAUAUCAAAUAUCGUCAAAAUCAGAGCUGGAGGAGCCCAUUCUUUAUUUUUGAAUGAAGAAAAACAAAUCCUCUCAUGUGGGUAUAACAGCUGUGGACAGCUAGGACUAGGCGGCUCAACCGCAGAAAUAAGGACCCCAAAUUUUGUAAAAAAACAUAGAGAUUUGAAUAAUGGAAAAUCUGAAAUCCUUACAAAUAUCAAAGACAUUGAAGCUGGAGAAGAAACCUCAGCUGCCAUAACUGAAGAUGGAAAAUUGCUGGUCUGGGGAUGAAAUGGCUGUGGACAGCUCGGCCAAGGCCAUUUCAGCAAUCUAUAUUAUCCAACUAUAAUCGAAAUUUCUCAAAAAAUAGUUCAAGUUUCUUUAGGAGUGUCUGCAUCUACUUUUAUCAGCAACACAGGAGAGCUUUAUUCUUCUGGAUGAGUAGGCGAGUUUAAAAGUCUCUGUAAUAAAAUUGAGCCUCAACAGUCAGCAGGUUUAGCUUCAAAAAAUGCAUUUUGCAUUGACCCUCUUUUUUCACACCCAAGAAAAUUGUUUGACAAAGACUGCACAGUUAGGCUUGCUAGAUGUGGAAGAACCCAUGCUGUAGCUUUAGUUGAAAUGCAUCCAACAAAAACGGUAAGGGAGUCAAUUUCUUUAUCAGCUUUAGGGUCAAGAAGAGAAAGCGUGCCAGGACACCCGAUAUUUGAAAAAAGCUUAAAUAAUCCUUUGCCUCCGCUGUAUAUUGAUACUGAUCUUGAUUCUCCAAGACUGUCGCCAAAACUUGAUGAAGCAAAAAUUUCGGCGUUUAUUAAAGGAGAAGAGGAGGGGAAGAGAAUAAAUAGUAGAGAAAAUGGGAGAAAAUCGAUAUUUAGAUUAUCGACUGGGUUUGAGGAUAUGUGUAUUAAUGAUGAACCUAUUUUUGAAGGAGAAAAUGCGAAUAUUUUUGAAAGACCUAACUUUUUAUGUAUAUUAAAAAAUGGUUUUAAUAGAUUUUUAUAGGCAUUUAGUUUAUAAUUAUAAUUAAAUUAAGGCAGUAAGACAAUUUUCCCACAAAUGAACCCUUUGAAUAUCUUAAAGGCUUUUCAAGUAGCAAAAGAAGAAGCUCACAAAAAAGCCAAACUUUUCAGACUCUACGAUAAACGCCCUCCAUCUUCCACAAAAAACGUAGAAAGUCCAUCUAAAUCAUAUUUUAAGCCUCAAACUCCAAACCGAGAGACCAAAUCUAUAGUCCCCAACCUUCCUCUGAUCCAAUACAAAUUUUCAUCCUUCUCUUCUCCAUCUUCAAAUGGAAAAGUCAAAGAGCUAAAAGAAAUAAUUUCAAAAUACGACCAAAGGAUAGAAAGACAAAACAACAUGCUGAGAAGCAAUUUCACUCAAAGCAAUAACACUAACUCCCCCCCCUCCGUGAGUGAACAAAAAAAUUUUGUUCACUCAGAGGGGGGUUAAUUUUUUUUUUUUUAAAAAAAAUUUAUAUAUAAAUUUUAUAAAAAUUUUUUUUUUCGAAAUUUAAAAAAAUCCUGAUUCGCAAAAAUUGGAAAGCAAAUAUUAAUUUUAUUUAUAAAAUGUAUGUUUUAAAAAGCAAUUCGUUUAAAAUUAAACAGAAUUAGCCUUAGAUUUCAUUAUGCUAAUUAUCAUUUAUAUAUCAAUUUUUUUUUCCAUAAACAAUUUUUCUAUUAAAAAAAUUUUGUUCACUCACGGAGGGUGGGUUUUUGGGCAAAAAAUAGCGAUUUUUCUAAUGGUUUUGUUCACUCACGGAGGGGGGAGUAAGAAACUAAAGCGAAUUGGUGGAGGAUUUAUGAGGUAA